AUGUUUGAUGCUAUGGGUGCCGCUGGAUCAGCAGAUGAUAUUAAUGCCAUGGAAAUUCAUCACUGGUACACAAAAUUUAUGAAGGAGUGCCCAUCUGGACAGCUUUGUUUGCAUGAAUUUAAACAUGUCCUGGAUCUGCACGGACUUACUCCAGAAGCUAACAAUUAUGUUGAACAAGUAUUUCAUACAUUUGACAUGGAUAAGGAUGGAUUUAUAGACUUCUUGGAGUUCAUAGCUGCAAUAAAUUUGGUUAUACGAGGGAAAAUUGACCAAAAAUUGAAAUGGUAUUUUAAGCUGUAUGAUGCUGAUGGAAACGGAUGUAUUGACAAAAAAGAACUAUUAAGCAUAUUCACGGCUAUCCAGGCUAUUAAUGGCCACACCGACAUGUCUGCUGAGGAAUUCACAAACAUGAUAUUUCAGAAGAUAGACGUGAACAAUGAUGGGGAACUGACUUUAGAAGAGUUUAUAAGCGGUGUGGAAAGAGAUGGGGAUCUACUGGAAUUGAUUACAAAAAGUUUUGACCUUUCCAACGUACUCAAAGUCAUACAGAACGGCAGGAGGCACAGCAUCUGAAGGCUUCAGCGAUGGAUGUAGCAUCUGUGUCAUCGUUUUCAAGGAAGAUAACAUUUGACGCAAUCAAUCAGGGAGCUUCAUAUUGUCAAAGCCUGCCCGGCAGGCACCUAGCUCCAGGAAUAAUUCUCCCUCAGAAUUUUCACUUUUGACUCCACAUCUCUCUCUCCUUUUCUUUGUUCUUUCUCUCAUCACUGACUGUGGCAGCUACAGGACACAAACUUCUGCCCAGACAUAGUAGAAAAACUAUUUGAUGCAGUACAAAUAACUUAUUUGGUCUUUAUGAACACUGUUUAGAGUAAUUGGAAAAACAAUGGCAAGAUCACAAAAUACAACCUUUCUAGAAGACACAGAGUUAAUGCAUUUUUUUCUUUUACAUACAGGUUCUCUAACCUACUAUUUAAAAUGUGGUGAUAAACCACAUUUGGUUUGGUGAUAGGAUUGGCUUCUAUCUGCAUCAAUUAAGAAUGAAGCCUUGUUUGCAUUAGCUUAACAUUUGCUCUAAUCGGUACUCAGAAUCGCACUGGAUUAUCUGGGAAACACCUCAAUCAACUUAAUAUUCCAGAGAUGCGCAUCCUCUUUAAAAAGCUGUUUGCCACUCUUGACUGUAUUACAUGUUUUUCUGUUGGGGGAGGUGUCAGCUACUCUUCUUUCAAACUAACCUUGUAGAAGCACUGGAAUGAAAAUUUGUUAAUCUUUGUAUAGUAGAAUUAGAAGUUCAAUGAAUAGCUAAAACCAAAUUAUUUUGUAAGUGCCAGAACGAAUGUCAUUUGGUUUCACAGAGAUUUGUGUCCUUUGACAUCUAUGUCCUCCUUUUCCAAACAAUUCCACUUCUCAUGGGGCUCUUUGCCAUGGCUGCAAGAGACAAAAGGUAAGAGGUGUCACUACUGGUACACGCUGAUGGGACUGCCGGCUUCUGUCAAACAGACUGUUUAACAGCUGAAUUCUUCCUGCCUUUCCCUCAAGGGGAAUACUAAUUUAGGUAUUCUCACUCUGCCCAGAUACCUGGGCAAAAGCUUUUAACAAUUCAGUCUCUCUGAGACUUCCACCUUCUUCCAAACUGGGUUGCAAUCAUGUCUGAAUCUGGUAGCUGUUAGGAGCAAGAGCAAGGGCUUCACAGGCUGCAUGAUCACAUAUGCCUCAUUUUCUUGGGAAACCAUGCUAAAAAGCAACUCAACCUUACCAUAUAGGUAACAAGAUUAAUUCUGUGAGCUGAAAUGAAACUUCAUGAGCUGGCUGCAAAGGGAAAAUUCUGCAGUUCUCUCUGGUUCUUUUGGGACUGGUUCUCUCUCACGUCUGCAACAGGCUUGAUUGAAUUACAACACUGUAUUGCAAGAGCAAGUUCUCCUUGGCUGGCGGCAUCCUGCAGGUACCACAAUACUAGUUAUUAUCAGAAGCAUCAGCUUUAUGCAAAUAAUUUGUUCAUGGAUCCUAGCAGGAUGAAGGAAACAAUUAUUAAGACUUCAAUAUGAAAAUAUUUUUCUUCCAAACACACUUCAAAUCCAUGUCCAUUUGCACAUAAUGAAAUGUGCUCCAUCCCUGUGAUUAUUAUCAUAGUUUCUGAUUUGAUCGAUAGACUAUACUGAAAGUACGCAACAAGCAUCACUUGACAUUAUAAACAGUUCUGACAUUAUAGUUCUGACAUUUGCACUUUUAUAUCCUUUCUAAAAAAAAGAGAAUGAUGCAUGAGAUUGCUGGUGGGUUAGGACUUUAAAUCUGUCUAUUUACUUAUUAUUGACACAUUAAUAUUUAACUGUCAGUAUCAGUUUUCUCAACCUAGACUUCAAAAAUAUCACUUUUUUAAUGUAAUGCUUUUGCAUUUAGAUUCUAUGAGGGUGGUGUUCUUCAGAAUUGACUUUAACGUUUAAAAUAAAAUGGUCCAGUCUAAUGUGUCUGGGUACAGGGGAACAGCUGUAUUUUGGAUUCUUGCUUUUAAGCUAAUGAAGGUACUGGCUUUGAAAAGUGACUGCUACUUAUGUAUACUGACUUUUUUUUUAUAAAGGGAUUUUUAAAAGAGAAUAUUUCUAUUUAAAUGUACGUAAUUUUUUUGUGUAGUUGUAGUUAUAUGAUGUGAAUUACCAGUUCAGGAAGAGCAUUGUGUCAUGUUUAAAAAAAUAGUGAAUGUAAGGAAAUUCUUAGCCAUCUUUUUGUGAAACUAUAUUAUAAAGGUGGCUGACAUGCUUAUUUUCCAUACUUGCAUAUGAAAUCAUUUAGCAGAAGCCAGUGUAAUUAAGAAACAAAUAUCUUUUCUCUUUAAUAUAAAUACUUUGGCGUAUCAUUUCCAAAAAUAUUUACCUAUAAAAACUCCAUAUGUGUUUGGGAAUAUUCCUAAGGCUUUAUUUAUACUACUAGAUUUUUUUUACAAGUUGAUUAAUUUAAAUUUCCUUUGACUACUUAAGCAUCAUUUGAUGCACAGGUGAUUGAAAUAAAUGCAUUAUGGCCACAGCUGGCUAUUGAUUUCAUUCUUCUCAAUCUGUCAGCUGCUUAUCAGGUGUAGCAGUGAAAUCAGGUGGCACGCAGAAGAGCCAUCAACCUGGCUCCCUAAAGUCUUGUUCAGAGACAACUUGAAGCCACAACUUGUAGCAGUGGAGGGCAAGCUACUUGGUAGUAAUGAAGGAAAAGGAAUGUUGUAAGCUGACCCAUUGGGUUGCUUAUUACUAUUUUAAUAGACAACAGAAAGGGAAAAAGAAGUCAAAUGCUACCUCACAGUACAUCUACCCUUAGCAAAUAGAUAUGUGGUUAACGAGUGGUGCUGAGCCACUGAUUCUGAGGCCUGCCAGAGCCUACACAAAUGCUUUUGCUCUAAAACAACUGGGUGGGAGAAAAAACAAUUAUAGCAUAUGCUUUCAAGAAGUGUCACGAUCAGCAAGACUGAUGCAGAUGUCUGCUGGGAGCGUCUGGAGAAGCUUGCUGCCUACAUUAUUAUCACAGAGUGGCAGAGAGAUUUUUUUGGUAAGAUAGAUGUGCACAGAGAACGACUACUCAUUUUGUCACCAUAUGCACCUUGGAAAGAAUCACAGAUAUCAAAUUCAGUCUGUGCAACUGGGUGAGCGUAGCCAAUCAACAGGGUAAUUGGCAGUUUCUCCUCUAUUAUAAGCUCUUUCACUAUGCUUGUUUUAUUGCCUCUGAACAACUAAAGGUAAUUAGUGUGACAGUUCCCUUUUUUCAAACAGCUCCUAAUUGCCCUAACAUUAUCUCUCUUUUUUUUCUUUUUUUCCUGAUCAUUCAAUAUACUAAGAAAUAAAUAGGUAAUUUUUCUUCUGAGAAUCUGGGAAUUUAAGGCCACAGGCAAAUCACCUUUUCUUGUAGAUAUGAAAUUGCUUAAGCAUUAAUAGGCACAAUUAAACCUUAUGCCACAGUUACAUAUUCCUGAAGAACUGGGAAGAAAGCUUGCUGUGGUGUGGAAAAGAUAUCAGAGCUGCAUUUAAUUUUUGACCUUACAUAAGAUUAGCUGCACCAUACAGACCAUAGCAGCUAAAUAUUUAAAGCUCGUGUGUGUUUUACACAUAGGAGGAGUUUGCAUGCUGUGGCAAACUUCACUUAGGAAAGACACCAACUUCUUUUUGCACAGGUCACUAAAAAUUCUAUGAAUGGCAAUGAUAUUCAAACAUUGCUUUUCGCAGCUUGGUCUGAGCAAUUGAUCUAAAGAGAAAAAGUUUGGUAUUCCAUCUUCCUAUCCCUUGAGCCAUCUAGUCUUCUGGUUCUUUGAAUAUACAUAGCAGCUACAGACUUCUUAAAUUCUACUUUUCUUGGAAAACUCAAAGUAU